UUACUGUGCUUGAUUUGUAUUUCACGUUGUGCUUAGUGGUCACAAUAUGCACCUGCCAGUAUCAACAGCUGCCUCAAUGAAUCUGCUUGCAUUAAAACUGUUCUCCUUUAGAACAUAAAGGGCUUAUAGCAUCAAACGGGUGCGUUUUUGACUAAGUGGCUCAUCUCAUGUAUUUUUUUUCUCCUUAGGAAAAUAAAACUGUCAGUCUUCAUCAAGAAUGUUAUCAUUUAUUAUUGAUUAAUGUGGUAAAAUAAUACAACUGGGAAAAAAUAUCAUUUGGCAAAAUAUCGCGACCAUUUAUGUCACAAUCUGAAUACCGUAUUGAAUGCAUCACGCAGGAGCGAGAGUUAAGAGCGAGCAUGCUCAGCUUUUAUGAGCAGUCACCGAGUUGUGAUUGAAAUAAAUCUUUAGAAAACAACAAAAGCCUGACAUCCUUACUUGGGAUGUUAUAAUUGAUGCUCAGGUGCGCUCUCACCACUUGGAAAAUAACAAACAGAAACAUAUGGUGUGGCACUGCGUAUAUUUCCUGGAGGCCACAACUAGGAGUGCUUGUGCAUAACAGUAGCAAUCCUGGAAGUGGCGACAGUUUUGACAGGUGGAAAUGUCAUGAAAAAAAAUGAUCGCGCGCCUCUGGGACUGGAGGCACCACGCAGGUCUCUUUUCAGGGUUUAAUUUUACUCUACACAUUUUUAUAUACUCAUGUCCGGUCAGCAUUGAGUUGGGAGGGGCCUGCCCCGCAGCUGGCUGAUCGGAGACUUAACACAGGAGACGAGCUCAGUAAAAAAUGCUAAUCUCUGCGUCAUCUGCGAUGGGAGGACCACAAAUGGGCACUGAAUUGAAGCAAUUGAAGCAAGAAAAAUGUGUGGGGGGGGAGAGAAGCAGGAAUGCCACGUUGUAAUCGUCCACCUCCAAUAUUUACUAUGCCGUCAUGCCACAAUAAAAAUGGCGACGGCGUGACGUCACUUCCCUAGUAUCUGAUUGUUGUACGGACACACUAGUCUAUAUUAAGUGGCGGGUAAUAUUAGCUGGCUCUUUGUAAAUUCUUGCAUGGAUGAGAGGCAGAUUAGUGUAGCCAACAUGCCGUAUAGUUAAUACUAAUAACUAGGGCUGUCAAAAUUAUCGCGUUAACGGGCGUUAAUUAAUUUUUUAAAUUAAUCACGUUAAAAUAUUUGACGCAAUUAACGCAGAUGUCCCGCUCAGACAGAUUUAAAUGACUGUUCAGUGAAAAGCUCACUUGUUGUUAUGGAGUUUUGCCGCCCUCUGCUGGCGCUUGGGUGAAUGACCAUCUCGCAUAUUGCCUCAGAUUACACAAUGAGGCCGUUUAUGGGCAUUAAGAGUGACGAGAAUGCCACCGGCCGCUUGGGGGCAGCGCCGUUCCAUACUCAUGUUAUUUCUUCAAAACGUGGGAGAAUUAGUAGUUGUGAGACGUUUAUGCUGUAUUCACAAUGCAACGCAAAUUGCUAUUUGUGCUCCACACAUAUUUCGUUGGUUCCCAUUGGUGAACAAGAGUGGAAAGGCGGACAAGGUGCGAGGCGAUGUACUGCUGGGCAUCACCUUCCUGCGGAACAAUAUAUCAGCUAGUAUGGUGGACCUUUCUAUUCAGGACAAGCCUAAGUCCCGCAUGUCCAAGUUGAAAGAUAAAGUGCGUUUGAAGAAAAAAGACAGCUUCUCUGACUCUGGCUCAGCUAUGAGCCAUGUCCUGACAGACAGCGACGGAGACCGCGAUUCACUCUCCUCCAAUCAAACUCAAGGAGAGAAAAAAAAAUCAAAGCUCAAGAACCUCUUUGCACCCAAAUCCAACUUGCACAGGAAUUCCUCCCAGUCCAUGUCUACUCUAGGGACUCUUCCGAGCAAGAAUUCUUCUCUUAGUGGGAGCCGCUCAUCUGGCAUCAACGUAGAAACCCCUGAAGUCAAGAAGAAAUUCAAAUUUCUUGGACAUAAGCGAAGCGGUAGUUCUGACAGCAAGGUGUCUCUGGGUGCAUUAUCCUUACUGAGCCGACCCAAGCGCAGCAACAGUGACCUAAACAACCCUAGCAUUAACAGCGCUCAAGUGAAUGCAGAAGAGACUGAGGCAAGAAGCGGCUCGACUCUUAGUUUGAACAGCUCCGGCCAAGGAUCUAUGGAGAAUGUACCUCAGCAGACCACCAGUGUCUUGGCAGCCAAGAGUAAACCGGUGCUUUUGUUUAGAUCCGAGACUCGAGAUAGGCUAAGGAUGGAAGAACAGCGACGUCAAGAAGAAGAGGAAAGAAACCAGAUUGAAGCCAUGAGAUUGCAGGAGGAACAGGAGAGACACAAGCGCCUGCUGGAGGAAGAAGAUCGUAAACAGAACGAAGAAUACGAAAGGAACGGGCGCUUUCUUGAAGAUGAAGCGAGAAGAGUGAAACAGAGCGAGGAAGAGGAAGAAGAACGCAGGAACCGGGAAAUAACUGAGGAUGAGGAGUGCCGCCAACUGGAGGAGAUAAAGAACGAAGAACAGAAAACUCAAGGGGAGACUUCCAUGAGUGAAAGGCUCUCGUCUCUGUUUGGGAUCAUAAAAAAGAAAGAGGAAAGAAAGGAGGAGGCACCGCAGCAUACUGAAGAAGUGACCACACAAGCUCAUCACAAUGAUACAAGAGAUCAGCAAGUCCUCAAUGCCAAGAGCUCGUCUGAGAAUAUUUCUUUUAGUUCUACCAAUCAAUUUAGUGACAGUGAAAGUCCAUCUGAUGAGCAGAAAUCCAGCGCUAGUGAACAAACCUCUUCAACCAAUCACUUCCUGAAUCGUACUGCAAGAGUCUCCCCAAGAUUGACUCAUUCUUUGGACACUGAAUCAUCCUCUGAGAGCCACCAAGUGGAAUACUCUGAUCCUCAAACCACUUAUCGUCCAGUGGAUCAGCAGUGGUCUUCCCCAAGUGCUUCUGAAUCUACCCUCUCUAGUCUACCGUAUGACUAUCCCUAUACUUUCUCCAACCUACAUUCAUCCUUGGCUCCUCUGAGAUUAAGGGAAAGUCCGACCGGUUCCACGUCUAAAAGUCUAACUGGUUCCCCUUGUGAAAGCCCUCCUAGUUCCCCUCGUGAAAGGCCUCUGUUUAAAAGUGUACCAGGAAUUCCCGCUGAAAGUCUGCCUGGAUCUCGGCCAGGUUCUCCAGCUGAAUGUCUGCCUGGAUCCCCAGCUAAAAGUUUGCCCCAAUCCCCAGCUAAAAGUCCGCUUGGAUCCCCAUCCAGAAGUCCACCUGGUUCCCCUUCUUAUAGUGUAGACAACGUGUCUUCACCCACAAUGGCUGAUAAGACUGGAAGAUCCCCCUUACCGCCCUUGUAUCCCAUAUAUGAGUCCCAGGCUGAUAAAACUCUGAGUCCAGAUCGAGAAGUACUGAACCUCAGACAGAAAGAUGGAUCUCAACAGGGCAAAAAAUUAUCCCUUCCACUUCCAGAUUAUGAAACCUUAUUCCCGCAGAAGAGGCAUGGGGUACAGGGGCACACUCGAUGGGAUCAUAUCAUUGCUGAAGUCAAUCAAAGAAACAUGGACUUUACACCAGAGCUUACAGGUCCAGAGAUGAGUGUGGACGGCCCAGCUGACCCGGGGCAGGCUGAACUUUCAUAUUCAGAAGAGAGUUCUGCUGUGGGGCAUUUUCGAACACAUCAGCAGGAAAGCAAACUUCGUUCAUCAAAAAAAACAGCAGCCCCUCCUCCACCAAAGCAAGUUUUAACAAUGCACAGUAGGCCAAUUUCAGGUUCCAGUCAAAUAGAAAGCCAGAACAACGGGUGGACCAAUGAGUCGCUCACAAGGUCUCUUCCCUCAGGAACUGCUGAUAUGCAAAAUAAUGACAAACUUACAAAAGAGAGUUUCUCAGAAAUAUCACUAGAUGAGUCAAAGAAUGGUUUGCGACCAUCUUUUCUAUCGGCACGUGUCACCAGAUCAACCAGCGAAAGGGACGGGGACUCGGCAACACUUGCGGGACAGACGAAACCUCUGGAGAGCACUGACAUUCCCACUGCUAGACCAAGGCAAAGGCCAUCCAUGACAGCGCCAACAGAACAUUCUGCACCCAUAUCUGCUUUUCCUGACGUACAGAUGAGUGGUAGCGACCAAAAAAACCCUACUUUUAAUAUGAGUGAAGUGGACAAAAAUGGCAAGAAUGAGAACAGUUCAGACUUCCACUCAUAUACCAGGACAAAUAUUAUUUCUAAGCUCAUGGGGGCACCAGAAAAACCAUCCAGGUCAUUUGAUGGCAUUUACACGAGAGGAGCAAAGAGUGAACAAAUUCCUGAAAACCUUGGAAUGACACCAGAUGAUCUUGAUAAAAUUUUCACUGAAGAGAAACCAGUGGAUCCUUUCCCAAGUUUGAACGGUUAUGAGACGAACAAAAGUGUCGAUGAAUUUAGACCAAUCAGCCCGGUGUUCAAAAGACAAAAUUCAUCAAAACGAAUUUCAAAACCUAUUUCGAGACGUAACUCUCAGAAAGCUUUAACAUCUCAGCAGGAAUUAAAUGAACACAAAACGACCAAAGUUCAACAAGAACUCGAAACCCAGAAUAUUGUCAUUGAUUCUUUCACACAAAGGCAUCCGGCUGAUGGGAAGGCUCAAGCCCAACUUUUCGAUGGAGAAGAUGCUUUUGCAGUAUCGUCCACUUUCCCAUCUUCAGAGACGCUUCCUGUUGUGACGACGGAACAAUCCCCACAAGCAGAUGUGUUGUCUGCGAGAAAUAAACCCAAGAAAGCAUUGUUGCCACCUUCUAUGUCUCAGCUUGUCAGUCCUCAGGUUAGCAAUGGAGAUGACCUUGACUCAGUGUCAUCCAGGCCACAUCCAGUGAAGCCCAUGCAUUCGCUUGAAAAUCAGCAAACCGUGAGCACUUCGCUACAGAAAAACUUGCAUCUUCAGAAAGGAACAGCUGGAAAGGCUGCUGGCAUGGCUGACAGUGGACCGUUCACUCAGCUUACCCAUGAAGAGCUGAUCACGCUGGUCGUUAGGCAGCAAGCGGAUCUGUCCAAGAAAGACUGCAAAAUCGGUGAGCUUGAAGAGUACAUUGACAACCUGCUGGUGCGCGUCAUUGAGGAGAAGCCUGCCAUUCUGCAAGCCAUGAACGUUACCAAGCCAACGUGAGCUUACGGCUAAUGGAAGAAGAACCAAAUGUACAUAAUGUCCCUGUAAUGUUUUUCUUUGAAAGCACAUGUGUGUGUACUUUUCUCAUUGUGUUCUAAGACACAUCUUUAUGGCAGUCUUAAUGCCUUUGCACUUUGUGGAAUAAUAUUAAAAUUUAUUUAAAACUAGUACACAAGCAGGUAUCUAUGUAUAUUUAAAUCAAUGACUGUAUUUGUGUGGGACACCAAAGUAUAAGCACAUGCCUUAAACACUUUUUAAACUUGUUGCGUUUGAAAUGUCUUGAUUGACCUGUGGAGGGAAGGGAUGUGCUGUAUUUCACCCCCCCCCCCCCUUCGUGUGCGCAAACUAUAUAUAAAACAAUCAUUCCAAAUGAAAUUCCUCAUCAUAUGAAUAGAUUUUAUAUGAAUAUUUUCAUUAAAUUUAAUUUAUAUAUCGGUACCUCACAACUGACGAUCCCUGAUUUCCCCCUCUACUAAUGUAUUUUUUAAUGUCAGCUGCUUUGCCUUCUCUAGAGUCGGAAGUGUGUGUGCCUUUUAAUUAAACCGAGAAACCCAGCAUAAUGCAAGCAGCUAAUAUGUCAUAUUAAUAUUUGGCAUUGCCUAAAUCCUUUCAAUCGACAGCAAGGGUGAUACUGCAGUGCAGUGAUGUUUGCAAACAAGAAAAAAAUAAAACGCAACAAACUUCUAAGAAUGUUCUUUUCAGAAAGUGUUUGAUAAUCAGAGACGACCAUGAAAGGCUGAUUUGACCUCAGCUCGCCCAUAUAAAUGAGCACAGCAUCUUUGCCUUCGUUAUAACCAUAUUCAUGAAUGCCUUUUAAAAUAAUUAUAGCAAUAUUUGUAAGACUCUAGAGACAUGUCUCCCAAAGCCUUUUAUGUGUUAUUUACUAAGCAACUCAUUGUUCAUGGACUGACCAAUGAACGGGUACAUAAUGUCUCUCUCAUGGAAUGUAGCUCGAAUAAUGCUCCUAUUAACACACUGGACAGAGGUAAUUGUUUUGUUUUGGUUUUUUUUUUGCAAAUAAAGACAUUUGAUUUCAUCCAAAUGCAAACUGUGUUUAUUUA